AUUUAUAUAACUUAAGCAUUCAUGCAUCAAAACCAUCACAAUAUAAGCCUAGAAAUGUAAAAACGCAAAAAUGAAAAAAAUAAUAUGAAAAUGUUGACAAUAAAUCUAUAGACCAAUAACAUCAAAUCUGCUCCGCAUAAUAAAAAUGGGAAAACUAGCUUACAACUACACAGACUCGGAUGAAACGGAGGACACGUCGAGCUCAGUUGAAAAUGUGAAGAAGAAGAGGAAACUUUCGAUAUUGAAAUACACAAGCGGUAACUUAAAAAAGAAGAAAUGCCAGCUCCACAGUAAAUCAGAGCCAGAUGAAUCUGAUAGAAGCAGCAGAAAAUCGAGCCAGAGAAUGUUCAAACAAAAGUUGAGAGGAAUUCUGAAACACACGGAGAGAGAAUCCUCCGAUGAGGAAGAAGAGAGUGAACCUAGCAGAAGCUUUCGACCUCCCGACCGUUGCCUGGUAGGUAAAGUACCCAGAUCUGCUGGAACAAAGCCAGGGCGGGGCGGUGGAGUCGCUAUCAUUGUCAGGAAAAAUGUUAACAAUUUGGCGAAUUUGUCGACACACCAGAGUUCAACCAGCAACGCACACAAGAGAAAUCGCUCAUCGAAAAAACGUGUCAGCAGGAAACGAUCUUAUUAAAUAAUAAAGUCAAUAGACAAAGUUUACACCAAAUAAAAAUAUUAAACUGUUU